AUGCCUGACAGGCCAGCCGCACUGCCGCACCGGGCCUCGCGCAGCGCGUUGGCCACCGCGCGCGUUGAGAGCUGUACGGGGUGGGCGCCGCACUGGGUCGGUAAGCGCUGCCCACGUGGCAGCAUUGCCAGGCGCGAGCUCAGCCGCCGUAAGGACUCGCCUGGCCCGAGAAAGUUCGCCUUGGCGGACUUUCGUGCAAGCCCGCAGAUGCCUUCGUUCGGCGAGAACUUCCGUCUAGCUCUGCCGGCGCUGCCGCUGGGCGUCCGCUGGAACGUGCCGCGGCAAGCAGCUGACGCCAUUCACCGCGCUGGAAUGCUGACGCACGUGCGUGCGCGCGGCAGUGCAGCUCACGCUGCUGCUCGUGCAAGUGAGGCCGCCGAGAGUCCCAACAACGUGCACCCGGGUGGCAUCCCCGAGGCACCCCUCACAGCCUGCGACGAGGCCUUGGCAGCACUUGACGACGUGGAUCUCACAGAAGAGCUACGGGAUCCUGUGCCCACGCUCCAGGACGCACCGCCGUUCUUGCGAGCCUCGGUUCGGUCUGCCUUGAUGCACGCGCUGACACGCUUUCGCGUGGCGCAUGCGGGAGGGCAGGGCAAUGGCAUUGCUGCUGCCCGAGCAUGGAAGCUCUUUCUGCUCGCCCCGCGCAUGCUGCUGGCACGCCCCAUGCAGCACAGCUCGCAAGGGCCGGCGACAUUGCUCGACCACGGCCUCGGCGGCCCCGGCGGCGACUCGGCGCGGGAGAAAGUC